AUGUUAUCCAACUAUCUAACUCUCCUUUCUAUACUCGGUUUUACUUUUGGUGCAUCCAUUUCUUUGCAGGAUGAAUACACGACUUUGGUCUCCAGCACUUGUAUCUUACCGGGUAUAUGUACGGGUACCACUUACUAUGGUUCUGUUUAUCUCACUACUAUGUCUGUCUACAGUACCGUUGUUGAGCCAACCAUAACUUACACUACUUUAGUUCCUUCCGUUGUUUCUGGUUACUCAUUUGUCGGGUUUAAGCCUACAUUGGUUACUGAAGCCGAUACUACUGAAUGGAAGCAGGUCAGUAUGGACUAUACUACUGUUGAUGGUAAAGAGGAAAUUAUUGUCACCUAUUGCGAUAUCGAUACAACCACCAACUACUUUACAACCUCUGUUACAGAGACAACAACUGAGAUUAUUACCAAAACCAGAAGCUGUGAUGAGGUUUAUUCUAAAACUACCUACACCAGUACUCCUAUUCAAAUGGGGAUUGUUGUGACGGCGAUUGUGAAGGUGUUGAGGGAAGUUCAAUUUGUGUUCUAA